AUGGCCAGCGAUGUGGCAUUCCUGCCCUCAGUGGGGACUUGUGGGGGUAUCCUCUUGGCGGCAGCUGAACGUUUCUUCAAACUCGGCCAGCCCCAACUAACCAACAAUAUUGUCACAGUUAACAUUACGAUGCUAGCUGAGAACAAGACAUGGUCUAUAACUGGGGUGUAUGGACCACAAAGCGAUGCGGACAAGGUCGCAUUUCUUCAAGAAAUUACAGACGUCGGCACUCGCGUCCUCCCGGCUUGGCUACUACUCGGUGAUUUUAACUUAAUCUUGAACGCGCAUGAGAAAAACAACGCACGGAGCGCCCUUUUCCUACAGGGUGAUGUGAUCAUGGAUUUUUAUGGAGGCUUCCGUUUUGAGUCUCAUUGGGUACACAUGCUGGGCUUCCUGGACACGGUGCAAGAAACUUGGUACAAGCCAGUGAACACGCAAGAUGCCAUUUUAUUUCUCCAUGUCAAAUUGUCGCGCAUGGCCAAAUCACUAAGAAAUUGGAGGCGUAAAUCACUAAGUAGAUGGAAGCUGAGCUGGGCCAUCCUGAACCUAACCCUGGCAAAUUUGGAGAAGGCACAAGAAGAGAGAAGUCUAACACAGGAGGAGCUGGAGUUUAAAAAAUAUCUCAAGAAUAAAUCAAUGGGUAUAGCGGCUGUGCAAAAAUCCAGAGCUCGUCAACAUGCAAGAUUAUCCUGGAUCCGGAGUGGGGACACUAACACACGGUUUUUCUAG